ACAGGUGGCGGGGAUAUUUGCACGACUUGCAAUAUAUACCUAGCAAUACUGAUAUAUAUUCAAAUAUACAGAUCAGUUGUGCCCUGGAUGGAGUAAAAGCUCUACAAUGGCAACCAAUGGAUGUGAUACAGGCUUCUUUCAAUGAUCUUUAUGCGGAAAACAACGGGAACGAUGGGGGAUGAUAGUACAAGUAUCAACAAAAGUUCUCGGGCCAAUGCGGGCACGCGUCGCCAAGUCUCAUCCGCGAUGUCAGACCUCAGCUCGGCUCUCGCUACCGCCGAAUCUCUCUAUGAUGAUGAAGACACGCCGAGGAUAUCGAAUUCUCAUGUUAACCCUGCUGCCACUUUUUCAGAAUCUGAACUCAAGAAUAAUACAAGUGACUAUGAAACGGAAUUGAAAGAGAAACUGCCAAGCACACCCAACCCGAAUUCGCCGCCACCGAAUUACACGACUAGCAACGGACACAGCGGGUUGUCCGCGGAUGUGAAGAGUAUGGGCUCCCUGAAUGGUGACCACGCUGUCCAGAUAAACAGCGUCGGCGGCGUCUCCCAAUCGGAGGUCACCCUCAGGAACAGGAUCUUCCCAAAGCCGAAUGGAUUCUGCUCCCUCAUUGUCCGCCAUCCGAAAAAGGCCAUGGCAUUCACUUUCCUCGGCCACAUGCUGAUGCUGGUGAUCACCGCGGUCCUGGUCCAGGUCGGCUACAACAUCAUCCCCAUCGAGUUCGCGCAGCUCCCGCUACAGAUACAGUGGGACGAGGACUUCCUCUACGGCAUGGCCUGGACCACACGCAAUGAUGAGGCCAACAACAUCAUUAACCGGGCCGUUCUCGGCAACGGUUCCCAAGAGGAGAGGUCGGUGAGGACUGAUCUCAUUCAACUCUUCUACGAGGAACCUGGCGGAAACGUAUUCACCAAGACCAACCUGAAUGAGAUCAAGAAAGUGGAGGACGAAAUUUUCAACAACUUGGAAUUUCAAAAGUUUUGCAUGUUAUUCAAUAAAACAUGUUCACCACCGAUGUCCAUUUUGAGAUACUUUGACGGUACUUAUAGCAAAAUAUCUGCAGUUUUCAACGACCCAGACUUCGAUAACAUUCCCACUGUCUUAUACACUGCAAACACUAACAUCUACCUAAAGAAGCAACUUCAGAUGUUCUUGGGUAGGGAUCACACUCUCACUGAUGCUGUGGUUUCGUCGCCCAUCACAAGGACUUUCAUGUAUACAGCCGGGCCGCUGAGUGGGUAUACGAACAUCACCGAUAGGGAGGGCGACCAGGAUAAACUCCUGGAGGACAUGAUGAAACUUGAAAUCCUGCCAAUAUGCGACAAGUACUUCAAGAGCGGUAUCGGAACCAUGAAUUUCUUCUACAACAGUGGCAAUCUGUUUGGCACCAUGUUGAGCAAGCAGGCGAUGAUGGACAUGAUGCUGGCUGCAGCAAGUUUGUGCUUCAUCUUCAUCUUCAUGCUCAUACAGACUCAGUCCCUGUGGAUCACUUGCUUCUCCCUCCUCAGCAUCCUGACCUGCUUCUGCUGCGCGAACCUCAUCUACCGCAUCGUCUUCGACUUCAUCUACUUCGGCAUGUUUCACAUCCUGGCCGUCUUCAUCAUCUUGGGAAUAGGAGCAGACGACAUUUUUGUUUUCCUUGACACGUGGAAGAACUCGGCGUACAAGUCGUAUCCCAGCCUCGAACACAGGUUGUCUGAUGUUUACAACAAAGCAGGAGCCGCCAUGUUGUUUACGUCCCUCACGACAGCAACUGCCUUCAUGAUCAGCGGACUCUCGCCGCUGCUGGCUGUCAAUUCCUUCGGCAUCUUCUCAAGUAUUCUAGUCAUCGUAAACUACUUAUCUGUGAUCAUAUACUUGCCAACUGUUGUCAUCAACUACCACUUGUCCUGGGAGAAGUGGACCUGGCCAUGUUGCCGCCCGUGCAAACGAGAACCAGCCAGCGUGAGCGUCACGGGGUCCCCACGUUCAACAUCACGGAAAAAUCCCGUGGUACGUUUUUUCGCCGGACCAUACUAUCGCUUCAUCACACACAAGAUAGCCAAGUGGAUUGUUAUGGUGACGUGUCUUGGAUGUGUGGCCUGUUUUGCCUACUUCGCCGCCCGACUGGUCCCUCAGGAGGAGCAGAUAAAAUUUCUCAAAGAUGAUUCCAAUUUCGGCAAGGCAUUGGACAGAAGCAGUAAUGCGUUUGCUCCGAGUACCCAAGACCGUAAUGUCAAAAUUUACCUCGUCUGGGGUCUCAAGAAACAGGAUCGGAGUGCUUGCCACAAGACUGACUAUCAGUGUAAGGGGACGACCGUAUGGGAUGAGAGCUUCGACCUCAACCAACCGCCUGCACAGAAGGCGCUCUUGGACUUGUGUAAUAAACUGAAAAACGGCUUGACGACUGAACAGAAGGAGAAACUUCACAUCAACGAGGACGUGGUCACCAAGGAACUUGAAGUGGACUGCUUCAUGGAAAAUCUCAAUGAUUUCUUCAAGCUGGAGCAGCAGAACACGGGCAAGUACCCCGUCUCCACCGUGCUGACCCUCCCCAUGUCUCAGACCAAGGGAACAACCAUCAUGCAGUACAACUCCGCCCAGUAUAACAUGUCAGCAGUCAGCUCGUACUUCUAUCGAUAUUUUGAGGAAGCUUUGGAUUACUGGUUAUACUCUGGUUACAUCCCACAGUACAAUAGGGUGGCUCACUUCGCAUCGUACAACCUAAUGUUAGGAAGCUCACUGGAGGACGGUUUGUCGCUGCCCAUAAAGACAAACAAAGAUAUCAUGUAUGGAACGCGACUACGCUAUGCCGCCAUUGUAGUGAACACGUCACUAGUGUCAACCACCCUUGGAUAUCCUACCGGUUUACCAAUACGAGACAACUGGGAGGAGUUUAUGAAGGCAGAGUACGCCAAGAUGCCCGCGUCUCUCCAAGGUGGUUUCAUGGCCACGCCCACUGGAUUCAAUACAUGGCAUUGGCUUAAAAUCCAAAAGACGCUGGCUGAUUCUGCUGUUCUUGGCAUUGUGAUUGGCAUCUGUAUUGCCUAUCCGAUCCUGAUCAUAGCGACGGGGAAUCUCCUGGUCGCUCUCUAUGCCAUCGUCACCAUCAUCUGCAUUACUGUGUCCGUGGUGGGCGUCAUACCCAUGGCCGGAUGGAAACUUGGGUUAUUGGAGUCGCUGAAUCUCGUAUUAGUCGUAGGCCUGGCCGUGGACUAUGUGGUCCAUCUUGCGGAGGGUUACAGCAGAAGCACAGCAACAGACCGGCUCGGAAGGGUACACAGCAUGCUGGAAGAAGUUGGCAUAUCCGUCCUAUCAGGAGCCUGCACUACUUUAGGCGCCUCCGUCUUCAUGUUCUUUGCAGAGAUUUUAUUUUUCACACAGUUCGGUAUUUUUAUGUUUAGCACCAUAGGGUUCUCCAUUUUUUAUGCCCUAUUUUUAUUCACGUCUGUGUUGGCGAUUAUGGGUCCACAGGGUGAGUUCGCAUCAAUUCGGCCGUGGUUUGUAGCACUGAAGAACAAAGUGAUUGGCCGCAAGAAAGAGGCGAAAGACUGUGAUAAAUGUGUAGGGAAGGGAUUUCUAAACCCCGAGCAGGGAAACUGAGACACUGAGGCCCAGGGUAAGAUGGUAAAUGCAGACUGUGGGGUCAGUGGCUAUCCUCAGCCCUAAUGAAAAUCCAACGGGCGGCCUUGGCUCACUCGGUGAAAGCUAGAUGGCCAAUUCAAGGCAAUUUCCGUCAUUCGCCGACGGACGGGUCGCGCGUCGAAUUAUGAUUCUCUUAAAACUGACUGAAAAGCGUCGUUUGUGAUUAUAUUAGUAUAAUUUCUAAACGUAUUUUUUUUCGUAUAUGACUUCUAGCUAAAGGUAAAUGAGCUGUGUAGGCAUGGCCCCAAGGAAAAGAGAAAGGAGUGUCACAAAUUCAAACCGGUCCUGCGAGAAUCUAAUCUGCUCGAGUUCCUCCGACACGAGACGGACGGUCAGUGACUCUACGACCGACGUUCAUAAAUGGCGAACUAUGUAUGAAUCUGUCCAUCUGCCCAAAGAAGCUGUCGUUUGUGAUAUCAGUAUUAAUCUCAUUUUUUGUUCCUGUUUAAGCAUAUUUUAAAUGGUUGUUAGUAUAUUGCACAUUGAUGCGUCAACAACGUAUUUCAAGACAUAGUGUUAUCCCUCCGGAAAACUCCGACAUUCGCCGUUGAUCACCUCCAUACUCUAUUCUGGAAAAGACUGCACUGUCUCAUGAAUUGGUGUAAUUCAUGAAUUAAUGUAAUUUCACCACUUCCUACGAGAUUUAGGGGAUUGAGAUAGACAAUAGGCGUAUAUACCCAUUACAUGUUCACGUACAAUGUACUAACCUCAAAGAUUGUGGAACGCUGUAGUUUUCCGCCCGCUGUAAGGAAAUCCGACCCCCAUUGUUUAGGAACACCUUCACUUCUGUGUCCCCUCCUCCCUCGGGAAAAUUCAUGGUCUCACUUGCUUUCUUUUGUAAGGAAAGCUACACCAGGAAAAAAGAUAUACGCUUUUAAUCUCUGAGGUAUGGAACUAUUAUACAAUCAUUAUUUCUGUACAUCUCAAGAAUGGAUCAUACUAUCAUAUAUGUGUGAAUAUGUUGUUGAUAAAUAAAUCAAUAUUUUCCCAAA